GGAGGCGUUUCCCUACUGCCCGAACAGACAGUUUACUGCAUCUGCACUGGAAAUUGCCCGAAGUAAAGACGCAAAACAACCUCCAGAUCUACACGGUUGAAUACGACAUUAGUUUCAGUUUAACGGUCCUGCAGCCGUGAGCUAUACAUUAAAAGAUCCCAAUCAUAGCUAUCGCAGUGUGCAAAAUGGUGAACUGUGGCUUGGUGACCAGCAAAAAUGAGCCAGUCACUCUGAAGAGCAUAGAAGUGAAUCUGCAGGCUCAGGGGCAUGUAGCUACAGUCAGCUCCACCCUGCAGUAUGUGAAUGAGGAGCAAGGCCCCGUGGAGGCUCUUUUUGUGUUCCCUAUGCCUGCAGAGGCUGCUCUGUGCCACUUCAGUGCCAAGAUUGCAGACCAGGAGGUUGUGGCUGAGGUGCAGGAGAAAGAGAAGGCGCGAGAGCUGUACGAUGAUUCUCUGAGCUCAGGCGAGCAGGCCUUCUUAUUGGAGGAGAGUGAAGAGAGCGUAGAUGUGUUCCGGCUGAGCGUGGGGUGCCUACCUCCGGGCCAGAGUGCUGCAGUCACCUUUGUCUAUGUAACCGAGCUCUCCGUGCAGGCUGACCACUCCCUUCGCUUCUGUCUGCCGGUAGUCCUCAACCCCCGCUAUUCCCCACCAGGUGCGAGUGAUGGUAUAGUGUCAGAGAUAACACCAGGAUCUGCACAGAUUCCUUACUCACUCUCUCUUACUGCACAUCUGAGUUCUCCAAAUCCAAUCGCUAAAGUCGAAUCCAAAUGUCCUCUUAAGCCCGUGGAGUUCCUCAACGCAGAUCACACACAAGCAAAGGUAAGCCUGUGUGCAGGUCAUAAAUUUGACAGAGAUGUCGAGCUGUUUCUGUAUUAUCAGAAUACCCAUCAGCCCACUGCUAUAGUGGAGGCUGGAGUACCCACAGCUCAGCCAGGGUCUCUUAUGGGAGAUUCUGUAGUCAUGCUAAGUUUGUAUCCAGAAUUCCCUGAGGCAGUCACAUCAAUGGUGUCAUCUUGUGGCGAGUUUGUGUUUGUAAUGGAUAGGUCUGGCAGUAUGAGCUGCGAGAUGCAUAACGGGCUAAAUGCAGAAGAGCGUAUCAAGAGUGCCAGAAACACCCUGCUGCUGCUGCUAAAGAGUCUCCCCAUGGGCUGUUACUUCAACAUCUAUGGCUUCGGUUCACACUAUGAGUCCUUCUUCCCGAAGAGUGUGGAGUACAGUCAGGAGACAAUGGACCAGGUUGUGCAAAGAGUAAAACAAAUGCAGGCCGACAUGGGUGGCACUGAGAUUCUGCAGCCUCUAAAACACAUCUACAGCCAGCCUUGCAUCCCUAACCACCCCAGACAGGUAUUCAUUUUCACUGAUGGAGAGGUGGGGAACACCAAGGAUGUUCUUCAGCUCGUGAGAAGCAAUGCUGAUUCCCACAGGUGCUUCUCAUUUGGAAUUGGGGAAGGUGCAAGCACUGCGCUCAUCACAGGAAUGGCCCAAGAGGGAUCUGGCCACGCCCAGUUUAUCACAGGCGCUGAUCGCAUGCAGUCCAAAGUCAUGCAGUCUCUCCGUUAUGCUUUACAACCAGCUGUGACUGAUAUUGCAGAAGUGUGGUCAGUCCCAGAGGGCAUGUCUGUCACUCUUCUGAGUCCACCCGUGAAAGUACUCUUCAACGGUCAAAGGGCACUAAUUUAUGCCCAGCUGAAAGGAAAGGCCUGUAAGAGCUCAGAUUCUACGGGGACUCUAACAGUGCAGUAUCGCCUAGUAGAUCAACAUGUCACAAACACACUCAGCUUCUCUCUCAAUCCUGCAGAGAAUACCGGACUGACCAUCCACAGGCUGGCUGCACGGUCGCGAAUCCGCUCUUUGGAGCAGGAGCAACAGGCGGAGGGUGACGGCAAGGAGGAGCUGAGGGCCAGAGUGGUGGAGCUGAGUGUGCAGGCUGGAGUGAGCAGUUCCCACACAGCCUUCAUCGCCAUCCACAAGGGCAGCGGAGAGGCUGUGAAAGGGCCCCUGCUGAAGAGGAGACUGCCUGGGUUUUCGAUGAUGGCUAUGCCACAUAUGCUACGAUGUUCUGGAGGAGGGUCACUAAUGGCUAUGCCAAAGAUGAAAUUUAGGUCACGAAUGCCAUGCAUGGCUCCAAUGGCAUCAAUGCUACAAAUGGCACCGGACUUGAAUUUGGAUGCUGUAGGUGUGACCCCUAAUUUCCUCAGGAUUUCUGAUGACUCUGCAUAUGAUGGUGGAAUAAAUGAAGAACCUUCAGACCCCUUGCUCCAGCUCAUCUCCCUCCAAGAGGCUUCAGGCUGUUGGAAAAUGGAGUCCACACUGGCACAGGUGUUUGGAAAAACAAUAGAGGAGGUGACCAAGCAGAUGCCUGCAGAGGUGGAACCAGGGAUCUGGGCUACAGUUCUGGCUCUGAUCUGGUUACAUGGCUUUAAAAUGGAUGCUCAUGAUGAGUGGCAGUUUUUGGCCAUAAAAGCAGUUUCAUGGAUUCGCAGUAGGAAAGUUGCCAACCUGUCUGAAUGUGUACUUGCUGCUAAUGCUGUACUGCAGUGUCAGGUUAAAGAAGAGGCUCUUGGUUUCUGAAGCCCUUACCCUCUAUAUUGGAAUUAUCAAUACAAUAAUCAGUAUGGCCUAAUAGCCUGGUAGACUUGUGCUGACAAAUUUAUUUACUCUAUGCUGUUCGUUUAGAAAUUAUUCAAUUUCUAGAUUAUCAUAAAUAUAGGAUCAUUUGGCUUCAGUGCAUGAAUUUAUUCACCAGGUCUUUUGCACUGACUGCAUACAUCAUAACAUCUGUAACUGUAGUUUUGGAUUAAUCCAUGUUCUAUUUUGUGUCUGCCAGUAUGUCUAAACAGUCUUCGGUGUCACGAAAGGCCCCUCCUAGUGUCCCGUCUCCUUGGUUCCCUUGUCUUGAGUCUGUUUUGCUUCUGUGUGGCUUUACCUUUGUUUCGUUUUCUCUGCCCAUCAUUUCUAUCACUGAUCUCUUGUUUAGUUCUCAUCAGUACAUGUAUGUAUACUGUGUGUGUUCUGUCUUGUUGCUGGUCAUUUUCAAUCCAUGUGUCUGUUGGGUGCGCUUUACGUAGUGUUUUUUUCUACCCUGUGUUUUCACGCUGCCUAUAAUUUUGUACAUAGCCUGUUUUCUUGUUUGUAGUUUUCAUGUUUUACUUCUUUGUAUGUUUUAUCAUGUUUCCCAGAUCCCUCCAUGUUGGCUCUUUGACUUUGUAUUCUAAUGACUCAACGUUCUAAUGACAUUGUAACGACUCUAAUUUGGGAUUUGCUCUUAAUAACUUUGACUCUUCUCAGCAUGUGUCCGCCUCAUAAUCACUCCACGGAAAGUACUAAAUUACAAUGUGUUAUUACAUAGUUAUUACAAUGUUACAUUAUUACAAUGUGUAACUGCAACAUGUUAUUGCAUUAUUAUAUUAUAAUACUGUUAUUCUGUGUGGCUUGAUAUCUAAUAAAAAGUUAAUGUUCAGUCACA